GACGCUGGGACGGGACAGGGAGCAGAGGGAGCGGGCUGCUGCAGCUGGACCUGGACUGACCAGAACCACACCGCCCUGCGGGCCGAUGAAUGCUCGUGUCUGUGAAUCUGAGAGACGGUUGGGAUUUUGAUUUUCGCAAUGAGAGACUACUCGGCGGCUCCGAGCCACGGAGGCUCCUGCGCGCCCUGCUGCCAAGUGUGCGUCUUCGCCUUUACCGCAUUUCUCCUCGUUGCGGAGAGGACGGCGCUGAUCUACUGCUUUGUGUACUACCUGUGGGUGGGUCACAACUACUGUUACGCCCAUCUUGCCGGCUUCACUGCACUGUUCCUGUUGCCAGGUUGGGGUCCUCAGUGGCUCAGUUACCUGUGGUACCUGUCAGAUGGACGCAUCCGCAGGAAGUCUCUCACCUGGACACAUAUACUGCACCUUGGUAUCUUCAGAAGGCUGUUGGAGUGUAUGAAUCUGCCUGAUGAGGAAGUGUAUGCUGAGAUCAUGCAGCAGGCAGAUGUAUCGGCCUUACGACUUUUUGAGGCCUUGGUGGUCACCCUCCCCCAGACGCUGCUGCAGACCUAUGUGCUCAUCUGUACUGAUAUAGGAAUCAAAUCUCCAGCCUCGGUGUGUUUUGUCGUGUGCUUGUUGUCUCUUGCCUGGGCCUUGGUCCUCUAUGCCAGAGCCUGUUCACUUAUCAGACCAGGCCACUUACACAUGACCCCUGCUGCCAUUCUCUGUCGACUGCUGUGGAGGAUCGGUAUGUUGGGAUCUCGAUUUGCUGUUCUCAUGCUCUUCACACGUAUCUUCAAACAGUGGAUCCUGGGAGUCAUUGGUGUGCACUGGCUGGGUGCAACAUUCUGGAUGGUGUCUCAGCAGACAGACAUCAUACGAUCAACUAGUCGUUGGAGAAUCUUCAACCUUGUGCUGGGAGCCAUUCACAUCUUUCUUUUCCUCAACGUGAAGUACGGUCAAUCCAGAUACCGCAUGGCUGGAUUCUACCUGGUUAUGUUCUUAGAGAACGCUUUUCUUCUGCUGGCCUCCUCCUGGUUGUUUACCAUGGUGUCCUGGGACACUGUUGGCAUCCCGGCUGCAGUAUUCUGCAGCUUCCUCAUUGGAGUGAUAGCGUUGGUUCUGUACUAUCGUUUCCUCCACCCUAAAUCCUUUGAGAUUUUCCAGAGUAUUCGCCACAGAGGGAUAGGUGGAGCCUGCACGGAGCGUGGCUCUACGCUCUCAUUGGAGGAGAAAGUCACACCCACUUUCCAUCGCCAUGCAACACUGUGUGGCGGUGCGACUCUCAUGGACCUUCCUAUCCAAUGGGAGGGCUGGAAACAUCACCACUGGCUACUGAUUCGUUUGGCAAUGAAGACGGGGGAUGUAGCAAAUAUCUGGUCGGCAUAUGGCGAGGGGGGACUGGCCGGACUGAUGGGUCUGUCUGAAGAGUUUCACUCCCCAGAUGAACCUUAUGUCCCACAGGUUCCACCUGUUCAACCACAGGUUCCUCAGAUCUCGUAUCCAACUCCUCAACCUGGGCCGGUGACUCAGGUGACCCAGGUUCCACAGGUGAGAGAGGAGGUCCAGCCAAAAAAGCCGCCUCUCACCAGUGUUGUGGCCAGACCGGUGAGAAAAGCUCCUCCCACAACAAUCCAGGAUAUGAGACGGUUUCCAGAGAUUAUCCCGAUCCAGGAGGUUAUUCCCGAAGAGACGGCAGAAGAAGAGUCCAGUGCUCCACCAUCAGAAGGAAAAGGUGAUGAGGAGUUUCAGAGUGCAGCCUUUGGUUCACCCUCACUUUCGUCCCCACUGCAACCAGAAAGCCUCCGCCACAUCGACAGCAACGCUGGAACCCUGACCGAACCCUCGUCCUCCGUGUGUUCUCUGGACAUCAAGACUCCGGGCUGGUCACCUGAGCGGCGUUCCCCUCUCGUGAUUGGUUCCCCAGAGAAAGUACCAGGGAUCCCUGGAGAGUCAAGCACUACGCUGUACUUCAGCGCAGACGCACUGUCUCCCUCCAGCGGCAGCUAUCUUGGCUGGGGCUCCGAGCUGUCGCCCAUCUCCACCUACCGGAGUCCUUACCGGAUCAGGGAGGCUCGUUUUAUCACAUCCACCCCACGAGUGGAGCCUCGAACUGGGGCUGAUAUUCGGGGUUCGGCCUCUGUGGUUGUGAUCCCUGCCACUCCGGGUACAACACCAGGCACCACCCCUGGUGCUUCGACCCCAGCUGCUUCUACGCCUGGUGCUUCAUCAUCUGCUGCUUCCACACCUGCAGCUUCAACCCCCGGCGCAGCGACUCCUGACGCGACUACGCCCAGUACUCCAGUCAUUCCACUUACUCCAGUCAUCUCCCAUGCUCGUAAACAGAUGGUCCAGUUUGUGGACAGCAGAGAGCGAGGUGUGUAAGGAGGUUGGGGGGCGAAGGGGAAUGGAAAUCCUGGGGCGAGAAUAGAAUCCUUUUUAGUUUAACAGUUGAAGAUGUGGCCGACUUUAUGCUUUAAUUACUUGGGAAAGGCUCGGGGGUGGAGUUAGAGGCUUCUUCAGCUAGUUUGAAUCAGUCAUGGAAGAAUAUACUGUAUCUUUUUUUAUACCCUCAUGUGCAGAUAAAGAGUUUAACAGAGCGGACAAACGAAAUGUUUGAGAGGCAAAACACUUGCAAACCUCUGUAGGGAUGUUGGUUCAAUUCUUAACAUAGGCACUGUACUUUUGACUUUGAUUGUUCCAGCUCACACAUUUAGCAGACUUGUGGGUCGUCACCUGGUGCUAAAAAAAUGUGGAGCAUCGCUUUCAUUCAUGUAUAUAUACUCUCUCACUUCAUUUUUAAUCCUUAGAAACUAAGCAGAGAAAACCCAAAAGCCAUUGUAGCGCAGUCAGUUGAGGUUACUGUACCUCCAGCAAAAUUCAGAAGUGAGUAAAUCAUGAGAAUGAUGAGAGGGAUGUAGCAAAAUUUCAAAGCAUUAACAAUCGUGAGAAUCGAAGCUAACAAAAUCAUCUCAAUGACAACAAAUUUUCUAAAUGAUCCAGGACAUUAAACCAGUUUACAAUAACAUGACAUGCUGCCAGGCUGCUGUGCUUAAUCUCUUGUAAUGCCACUCGCCAACUGUCUUUUUUUUUAAAUUGUUGAUAUUAGUCUUUACCUGAUCUCACACACAUUUUGUCUAUAGAACAGAUUUCACACUUAGCACUAACUUCAGCGUCUCCUACUGUACUGAACUUUUAGUGUUGACCCUCAGUUGUUUGUCACUUUGAAUAAGAGCGCCUACCAAAAUGACAACAUGUAAAUGUAAAUUUAGUCUGAAACCAGUGUUCAGUUGUGAAACAACGAAUAUCUAAUGCAAACCCAAGUAUAUAUACAGAGUCAUUCAUGUUAACAUGCUUGACAAUGCAUCUCCUUAUUUGUCCUCAACCUUUAGAUGAUGUUUAACAUCUCUCCCAGUUUUCAGGCAGCCACUCAUUAAUCAAUCAGUCAGUCACUCACUGUAUUUACAGUACAGUACACGGUUGGUGUUAACACACAUUAUUUUCAUACACACAGAAACAAAGGUCCUAAUUUAAAGUCUAAAAUAGUAUAGUAUAGUAUUUGUUUUGAUGCAGCUAUCAGAUUGGCAACUGGCAAGUAACAAUGGUUUGAACAUAAAAUAUUUUUUAAAUUAUUAUUAUAUGCUUUACUAAUGGUCAGUCAGCAAUUUACAGCAGAAAAGUUGAAGUUCAUUGAGUGGCUCUAGCAUGAUAUUUUGUCAACUACACUAUGAUAGUAGUACAGUCGUAUGUGGUAAUUUAAUUAAUCAAUAUAGACUAUUACAAGAAUAACAUCUGCUGUUUCUUUUACAUAUAUGUAUUUAAUUUUCUUUCCCUGAAGUCUUAUCUAAAUAUGAUUUUGUAUUAUUGAUGAAAUGUAAAUAUUCAAUUAUCUAUCUAUUUAUAUAUAUAGAUAUAUGAUAACAUAGCUAUACAAUUUACAUAUAUAAUAUAUUUGUAUAUUAUAUAUCACAAACAUAAAAUUAAUCAAUAAAUAAACUAAAACAAUCAUAAUUUAGACAACUUCACCAUACACAUUUCUCGACGUUUAAAAAUAUUUUAGUUGUGUUAGGCCAAAAAAUAACUACGACCAAGGGAAUUUUAGAGGCAAAGAAAAGAUAUAUUAGAAUUAGAAUAGCUUGUCUACAACAGAGAGGAAGUAACUUUUCUGACCGCCCCUGACAAUCACACUUGUUUCUCUUAUUGAUUGAUAAGAAGGGAAGUGUAUGAAUGAUGAUAAGAUAUAAUGUAUGAUUGAUAGAUGACGAAAUGCAGGAGCAGCAGCUGUCAGUUUUGUGUACUGAUGAUGUAAAAUGUCAGAUUUAGGUUUAAGUUUUCGGUCUGUCCUUUGCUUUGGCCAUUUUACUUCACCGUCUACUUAGUGACUGGUAAAAGCUUUUCCUAUGUUUCUGCUCCUAUAAUUAAUAAGCACACAGUCCAGCUGUUCUCAGUGAAACUGGGUCACCUGAAAGGUGUAGAAAUUAUGUAUUUGCCUUGUGAAGAAAGUUUACAAGCUAAUAUGAAUUCAUUGAAUACCUUGGGAAAAUCAAAUUUUGAUACAGUGUUGAAUGAAUAACUGUAACUCUAAACAACUUUGGUUUUGUUCUAUUAUUCAAGUAUCGUCCUUCAGUCUUUCCAUCAGUUGAACUUCCUACCUCAGUAAAACUGAAGUUCCAUGAGACAAAAUUGAUUUGUUUUUUUUGUUUUUGUCACUGUGAGAAAAUAUAAUUACUCACUGUAUGACUGAAAAAGCUCUGAGCCAUUGUGAAAUAGCAUUAUAAUAAGGUAAUAAUUAUGUAGUGGGCAGAAUUGAAAUGGUGCAUUAAGGUAAAGAUAAUAUGCGGCUAUGGGUUUCCAGUUUGGUCUGUGCCAGUAUUAUGUCAUGUUAUGAUUAUUAUUAUUUAUUUCAAUACAUUAUGUUAAUCACGGAAUAUGGUGUUUACCUUUAUCAGUCAUGUAGUUUAUUUGUGUAGUGUUUCCCUAAACUAUGUGAUUUUAUAUUACUUUAUUUCUUUGUUUCUAAACUAAAUCACAUAUUUAAAUAUAACGCAAGGUCUUUCAUAAGCAAUUCAUUGAUUGAGCCGCUCGUGUUUGAAGAUGUUAAAACAGGGGCAGCACUUUGACAAUAUACUGUAAAUUCUGGGUUAUGGAACAAAGUAUAGAAAGAAAGAAAAACAUGCUUUUGGCGGAACAGCCUCAUCAAACCGUGUCGUAUCCAUGUACAGUACCGAGGCCUGCUGUUAGAAAAAGGAGUCACUGCAUGUUACUCAUUCAUAUGGGCAACACAGAUGUAUCUAUUCCCAUAGAGAAGAAAAGCACCAUGUGUACCUACACACGCACGCACACACACAUCACAGUAGUUAACACACACAUGCUUGAAUGUAUGUCAAUGCAAAAGCAAUAAGCAAGCUAAUGAAAUGUAUAUCAGUGCACUGAUGAAAAUGAUCUAAGGCCACGCUUUAGAUGGCAGUGAAGCUUUGGCUUGUACAAAGCUUAUUUCAUGUAUGUAUGUUGCUUUAUAUUAGUACAGUAGGCUUUGCUGUGUGUCCCUGAUGUGUAUGUUAAUACUUAUCUUGUGUUUCUUUCCAAUUCUCCUUUUUUAUAUUUUCAAAACGUCCUUCUUUUAUAUCUUAUCACGUUUAAUGUAAUGAGAUGAGCCACGGUGCAGUGUUUCAAGGUUGUGUGCUAAAGUUUUAAUGUGUGAAAUCGUUUAGAGACAGGAUAGUUCUCACUAACAGGCUGUGGUUAGUUUUCUGAUUGAGAGUAAUGUCACCUCGUCGCUGGACGGCCUCCACUUAUCAACAUGCAACACCUCAUUUAUGGCUAUUGAUGUGACAAAAAAAAUAAAGUCAUUGACCAUGA